AGUUGAGAAGUCUUUGUUAGAAGGAAAAAGUAAGGAGUGGAAAAACCUUGGGUAACAUAAGAGAAACUGUAUCAUCUCCGAAUCAUCAAUUCCUUCAAUUCUUCUGCAACUCCUUUACAUUCAAUCCUUUUGAAUUUUUGUCUGUUUACAAAUUGCGUAAAUCCACAAAUAUUUACAUUUCUACGGAAUUACAGAUUUGGGGGAAAUGUCGAAUCGAUUCACUGGCCAAAACAGGAACGAUUACAAUUACAAAAAUUCCCCAAAACCCCAGAAAAAAUUCGUGCCAAAGAGGGAUUCCCCGAACCCUAACCCUCACCACACCCUCUCUAACUCCUUCCGGACCGCCGUUGCCACAACCACGGUUAGCGGCAGCGGCGGCGGUGCCGUGGUGGCGUCGACAAGCAGAGUCGGGAUGGGAGGCGAUGGGAAGGGGGUAAAUAGUACCACCGCGACUGGCAAUUUUGUAAUUUACUUGCCACAGGAUGAGGCGGUGGCGGCUGGGCUUGGACCUGAAGAAGGGGGAUUGGAUCCAAUGGAGUCUCAACGUGUUGUUGAUUUGUUGAAUUUAGAGUUGUCUCGUUUGCUCAAGUUGCACCCUAGGGAUUUCUGGAAAGAAGUGGCUACAAAUGAAUCAUUGAGUUCUUUCCUUGAAAGUUUUUUGAAAUUCAGAAGUCGGUGGUAUGAUUUCCCUCAUCGAGGAGCCAGAGGAAUAGUUGCUGGAGUGAUUGUUGGUGAGUUUGAGCUUUGUAGACGUGUCUUCAUGGUCUUGUAUCGCUUAUCAUCCAACAGGGAUCCAGGGGUGAAGAAUGCCGACACUCUGAGUCUAAAAGAUCACGAAGCUCUUCUGCAGGACAAAAAGUUACUUGAUUUGCCAAAACUGUUAGAUAUUUGUGCCAUAUAUGGUCAUGAAAAUGAAGAUUUGACCCGAAUACUGGUUAAGAAUGCAAUGAGAGCCCAACCGUUUAUCCAUGAUGAUUUUCCUGUUCUAUUGUCUCACCUUUUAAGCAUCAUUCAGACUAUGUAUCAAAGAUGCAGCUCAUCCUUAGAGGUUUUGCUUAGUUCUGCUGGCAACCAAGACCAAGGAUCCAGUCGCCUUCACUUAGACUAUCUCGAGGUUAUGGACUUCAUCAAUGACUCAGUUGUAUCAUUGGACUCAUUUGUUACUUCAUACGAACAUGCAGCUGUCUUCUUCUCCUCUCCGGUUGAAAUGAGUUAUGGGAAUGAAGAAUUGCUCACUACCCUUGCAAGGCUACACGACUCGCUUAUCCCGUCUUUGCAAAGGGGAUUUCGUGUGAUUUUGGGUGUGGGUGAAGAUAGGAGCAAGAAAAUACCGAAUGAUUUGCUUUCAGAUGUGUUUUCUAGUUUGAAGAUGAUGUCAACAAGGAUAGCAAAACUUGGGUGGAAGUUACUGUAUUUCUGCUAUCUCAGUGAUGAGGCUUUCGAAAAUAGUUAUUCUCUUCCGAUUUCAAUGAAGAUGUUUCCAGCAAAUGUGGAGGACCCUGUCGUAAGGGCUGACAUUAUAAUACAGACAAUAAGAGAUCUCACUGGAGACAACACUAAUGUUCUUGGGGGCCGAACUUGGGGAACAUUUAUCCAGAACAUUGAGAAUAAUCACCAAAUGAUGAGUCGGAUGCAGUUACUGCAGAAAACAGGUUGGUUAUCAAUGGAUGACGAACAAUUGCAGUUCCUUUCCCAAAUCAUGAAGACCCCACCACACGCUAAUGUCAAAGAAACACACCCCACUUCCUCCCCAGCAAGUAACAAAGUGCAGGCUGACGAAGAUGCAGCAAUUAUAGAGUCGAAAAUCAGUCAAAUAAAAGAACUCUUUCCAGAUUAUGGUAGAGGCUUCUUAGUAGCUUGUCUUGAAGCAUAUAACCACGACCCAGAAGAAGUAAUUCAGAGAAUCCUCGAAGGAACUCUCCACGAAGAACUUCAGUCUCUCGACAUUUCAUUGGAAAAAACACCACCUCCAAAACAGUCGUCUUCUUUAUCAUCCACGAUUAAGCCUAACGACAAAGGCAAAGGCAAACUAGUGGUGGAUUCUGCAAUAUCUCCACCACAAGUGGUGAAAAACCAACCUUUAGUCUCGUCAGUCUCGUCAUCCUCUUCUUCGGCAGUAGGGAGAUUCGUGCGCAAGAACACGAACGACGUGUCUGAAUCCGAAACCUUAAACAACAAGAAGGAAAAGGAGUUGGCCAAAACUGCUGCCCUUUCGGCACAGCUGCUCGAGUACGAUGAUGAGUAUGACGACUCCUUUGAUGACCUGGGAUUGAGUGUGGGUGAUUCGGGUAUGGAGGAGCCUGAGACACUUGGCGAAAGAAUGAACUCACACAGAGGAGGAAAGUCAACGGAAGCUGAAGGUGGUGGCUCGGGUUCGAACGCUGCUGACAGUUCGAAGUGGGGGUCGCGUAAGAAGCCACAGUAUUAUGUGAAGGAUGGUAAGAAUUACAGCUACAAAGUUGAUGGAGCAACAGCUGUGGCAAAUUAUAACGAAGCGAGAUUGGUCAAUCAAGUGCAGAAGGAACUCGUGCAUGGACUUGGGCAAGGUGGCAAUUUACCGUUGGGUGCGGUUAAAAGAUGGACGGAGAAGAAUGAGGAGCAAGAAGAAGAGGGACAAGAAAAUGAUGAAGGUGGAGGGAGGGGGGGGAGGGGUGGUGGCAGAGGUGGUGGAGGGAGGAGAGGCAGAGGGAGGAAUCAGUACAGGAAAGAUAGAGCAAUGAGUAAGCAUUUUUCUGGUAUGCCUGCUCAUUUUAAUUCAUGAAAGGAAACGGUUUUCUUUCGUUUUGUCCAAUUCGAUAUAUUUCUACAGUAGUAAAUUAAUACAUAAUUUGAUGGUAGAGGGUUUUUUGUAAUGUAAACGUCGACUGGAUCCUGCCCAUCAGUUCUUGCUUUGCACAUUGACUUCACUUUUGAAAUGAGGGGCUUCUUUUGUUUCAAGAGUAUAUCAUAGAAAAUAUUAUAAUUUUUUUUUAA